AUGGAUAAACAUAAUUUUACGUCUAACGACGAAAUUGAUGAAUUCGCAGAUGGUGACACGUUAAUUCAACUAAAAGGUUAUAUCGAUAGCGUCGAUGGUAUAAAAACCGUACGCGAUGGCAAAAAAAUUUUACGAUUUAUCGUUAACAAUGGAAAUGGGAGACGUGUUAGGGUACUCGUGUGGGAUAAUUUUACUCAGUCGUACGCGACCCAUGUUUGUGUAAACAAGAUCGUUUCAUUCUCUCGAUUACGAUGCUCCCCGGCUUCUAAUGAGUACGCUAAUCCUAAUGAAGAUGUGAUAAAAAAAGAACUCAAUGUCAUCGGUUGUACUAAAGUUACUUGGGGUGAAAAGCUUGUUGGAAAAGUCGUAGAACCGAAAAAAAUUGAAUUACAAAAUAUUAUUGAAGAGUAUGGAUUAGUCAGUGCUGACGCAUAUAUUGGUAUCGAGUUUGAAGAAUCACGUUAUCGUAAUAAUGUACAUGGUAAUGGUGCGAUUACUGACGGUACUUUUCGCGUAAAAGUUCAAGUGCAAUCGUACUCUCAAGAGGCUGCAGAUUUAUUAAAGCCAGGUACUCAUGUUAAAGUCACGGGAAAGAUAUGGCGAGAUAAAGUUUAUGAUUACGCUUACAUUCAGUGUAAUUCCAUGGCCGACAUAGUCCAGAUUGAUGACGAGAUUUUGUCCGCAGAUAAGCUAAAAAAUGGAUUUAGAACUCCCAAACGUAAGCGUACUGACGAAAAUUCAUCUCCCAACAAGCGAGACAGCAGAGAUUCUUUAGCGAGUCUUCAAUUAAUAUUGAGAUUAAUAUUUAAUUUAAAAAGUACUUGGACAUGAUGUUUUUUGACCGUAGAAUAUUCUAAUAAGGAACAGUUAGUGUCAAAUUUUUCCUUUCAAAUCAUUGACAAUCCUAUAUUUAUUUUAUGUUAUCAAUGGCGUUGGCUAUUUUUUGUUUCUAAGCGAUCUCAAGCAUGGUAUUAAUAAUUCUAAACACCACUGAU